GUUUUCUGAUGAUCAAGAAGUCGCUCUCUUGUGAUUCCCACGAAGCAAGAAGCGAUCAAAACAAUCCCUCCCCCACCCACCAUCAUCCACUAUAUAGAAACUAAGCCAACAUAUACCAAUCAAGUCGAGCAGCCAUUGGAGGCAGAAAUCAACCAAGAGAGAGUGAGAAGUGAGAAUGGAGUUCUCUUGCAAGGAUUUCAAGGUGGGAAAAUGCGAGGGGGAAAAGGUGGUGGACGGGGAAACCAUGCCGCUGGUUCUCCAGCCGCUGGAACCCAGCAAGAAUGGCUUGGACUCGCUGCUAUCGGCUUUGGAGAAGAAUAAGGACUGGUUUGAGCAGAUGAUCAUCAAGAACAGCGCCGUCCUCCUCCGGGGAUUCGACGUGAAGAACGCCGUCGACUUCAACGACAUUGUUGAGACCUGCGGCUGGGACGACAUCCGGUACGUCGGCCCGGCGCCCAGGACUCACGUUUACAAACGGAUUUGGACUGCCAAUGAAGGUCCCCUAUCCGAGUUCAUAUACUACCACCACGAGAUGGUUUUGAUUACGGAAUCCCCGAAGAAGGUGAUACUAUUCUGUGAGAUUCCACCACCAGAAGGUGGAGAGACACCUUUUGUUCCGAGUUUUCGGGUGACGGAGAGAAUGCUGGAGGAGUUUCCAGAAGAGGUGGAGGAAUUGGAUCGAAAAGGGCUCCAAUACAGCUUCACUGCUCUCGGGAAGAAUAGCACUACCUCCAUGAGGGGCAGAGGUUGGGAGGAUGCUUUCGGGACGUCUGAUCGCGAAGAAGCUGAGAGAAGGGCCAAGGCACUGGGGAUGGAAAUGGAGUGGCUACCGAACGGAGGGGUGAAGACAAUCUUGGGGCCACGGUCCCUUACGAGGGUGUUCGAGGGGAGAAAGGGGAGGAGGAUGUGGUUCAACACGAUGGUCGGAAUGUACGGGAAGGAGUUGAGCUCAGCCACCAUGGCCGAUGGAACAGAGAUACCGGAGAAGUUGGCGAAAAGGGGCGAAGAGAUCAUUGAAGAAGAAAGCAUUCAGUUCAAGUGGGAGAAGGGCGACGUGCUCUUCCUUGACAACAUGGCUUUGCUCCAUGGCAGAAGGCCCUCUCUUCCACCGAGGAAAGUCCUGGUUGCAACUUGCAAGUAGCUUCUCUACUUCACAAGCUUUCAAGCUUCACUCAACAAUAUCACAUCUUGUUUGUAAGAUCAAUCAAAAUACUUCCAUGAGCCAUUGCCUCGAUGAAAUAAGGGUUGGAUACUUUGCCGUGGCAAAUAACAUAAUAAUCGUUGUUCAUGUUAUAUUAUGUAACUGAAUUGCUAAAUUACAUCAAAUGCUAUCCUCUUCUAAACAUGCAUGCUAGCUUA